GUCGCAGAGUCGCACGCCUCUGGACUCUGGAGUUCACCCGCGCCAGCUGCCAGUAGAGAACACUCUCUUGCCCAUUACGAAAAUACUGAAAAUGGUGACCGUCAUUCACAAUUCCUUCUUAUUUCUCUGAGUUGCUGCCCCUGCAAUCGACCCUGCCUGAUGAAUCUAUGCAGCGCCGGAACAUGGCUACAUUCAGGCAACUCUCUCUCUCUCUCUCUCUCUCUCUCUUUGCUUGGUUGUUACUUGCUUUCUUUCUCACAAUGUGCAUAUUCAAGCAGUCGGGGAUGAAUUGUCAUAAACAUGUUGAAUUCUGAAAAUUUAAUUUCAACUUAUUAGUGAUUCAGUUCAAGGCAGUAGAUUGUGUGGAGAUGCUUCUCAAUCGCUUCUUCCACUACAUGGUGAACUCAACCAACUUCUUAACCAAGAAAACUCACAACUUUUCCUCUAUCGCAGUCACCAACCGUGUCUCCCUCUACCUUCACCGAGCAAGACUCAUUGAUUCAAUCAGACUUGCACUUCGAUCUAAAUCACCUCACUCCAUUAUUUCCCUUCUCGAUGAUCCUGCAGUUGAUUCAUUUGUUAUCACUCAUGCCCUCCGUUGUGCUCCCUCAACCGACUCAGCCCUUUCCCUCGUUGAAACCCUGAAAACCCUCCCAAAAUUUUCACAUACCCAAACUACUCUUCAUGCUAUUGCUAAAAUCUUAUCCAAGUCUCAGAGAAUUAUUGAACUCCAAACCCUUAUUGAUGCCAUUAAUGCUGGAGAGUUCACGAAUGUCGCAUGGGUCAGCUAUAUGGACCAAUUAAGGUGGUAUGCAGCCGCUGCUGACCUUGAUUCGGCAGUCCGAGCUUGGAAUGAGUUGAGACUUGUGCUCCCUAAUGGAAAGAGGCAUCCUUGUACUGAGUCUUACAACAUCCUCAUGAGUCUUUUUGCAAAGAAGGGUAAAAAUUCAGAAGCUGUUCAGAUGUUCCACCAGAUGAUUAGCGAAGGUGCAAACCCUAAUUCAAGGACAUACACAGUUGUCAUCGAGCACCUUGUGAGUUUUGGGAUGUUAAACUCAGCAAUCGAGGUUUUUAAGAGAUUACCCUUGAUGAGAAUCAAGCGCACGUUGAGGCAGUAUUCUGUUUUGGCCAAAGGUUUCACUGAUAUGGAGAGAUUUGAUGAGGUUAAGACAUUGAUCAAGGAUAUGCAGGAUGAUGGAAUUUUGCCUGGUCAAGCUAUGCAGUUGUCACUAAAAUGUAUGCAAGAGGCCGGUUAUGUUGACGAAACGGAGCAAUUCCUCAAGGAAUUAGCGCCAGAUGAGAGAAUUGGUAAUGUCGGGUUUGUUAUAGAUGGCAGUGACAAUGAGGAGGAGGUGGAUAGUGAAGAUGAUAAUGGAGUUGCUGAUGGUGAUGCAAUUCAAUUGAAACCUUGGCUGGAUCCGAGCUCCCUGGCAAGCGCAUUGAAUGAUUGGAGUGAUACAGAGGUUUCAACAUUGACAGAUGCAAAAUUUGUAUGGACAAGUCGAUUGGUCUGUAAGAUGCUUAGGAGUUUCAAGAGAGCAGAGACUGCAUGGAAGUUCUUCUGUUGGGUUGCAUGCCAGCCUGGAGGAUUUACUCAUGAUAUCUAUACAGUCUCAAGGAUGAUUGUCAUUUUGGCACGCCAUGGACAUGUUGAAUUAGUCGACCAACUUAUUCUUAAGAUGAGAAGAGAGGGGAUUCGGUUAUCAGUCAGCACCGUGAGAUUAAUUAUUGACUUCUAUGGUAUUUCUAAAAAAGCUGAUGCUGCUUUGAAGGUCUUUCGUGAUGUUGAACUUGUCAGCAAUACCUUAUCAAAAUUGAAUCUAAUGCUUUUGUAUUCAUCACUUCUGCGGACAUUGGUCAAAUGUAGGAGAGGUUUGGAAGCAAUUGACUUACUUGAAGAGAUGAUAUUAUCAGGGAUUCUACCUGAUAUCCAGACAUAUUGUGGGUUGAUGCAAUACUUUGCCCUUGAAGGAGAUUUGAGAAUGGUACAAAGGCUGUUUGGAAUGGUUAGGCAGAGUAGUGUAAACCCGGAUGCCUACAUGUUUCAAAUACUUAUCCGUGCUUACUGUAAGAGUGAGAGAGCAGCUCUUGCGUUGAGAAUUUUUGAAGACAUGAGGAACUUGAAUUUGAUCCCUGAUGCUGCCACAAAAGCAUUACUGGUGAAGAGUCUUUGGAAGGAAGGUAAACUGAGGGAGGCUUCUGUUGUAGAAGAGCGAAGUGAGGAGAUAAAUGGCUUUCUUCCACUUGCAUUACCAGGUCAUGUAUGGACUAUGAAUUCUGCUGAUCUGAUAGAAGUUUACAAUAUUUAUUCCAGUGGUUUCGUGAUGAGUGGUGUUUAAAAGUUAUUACAAUGACUAGUCAAGUCGAGCACUUAAAAGUGGUAAGUUUCAUUUCAAUUCAAAUUAAUGUUGAUAUUAUUUAGGGGCCAUUAUUUCCCUGUUUCCAGUUUUGCUUUGUGUAUGUGCAACCGCACUUGUUUGCAUGGGCACGCACACGUGUUUAGGAUCGGGGAUGAGUCUAGAGAUGUGUUUGUGUGGGGUGGUGCAUAAGUGUCUGUUUGUGUUCUUUUGCCUCUUCAUAAGCUUUGUUAUAUUAUCUAAAAUUAAGGUUUAUAAUUCAAUCUUCUGUUUCUAUUA